GUUGGGUUAGAGCCGAGUAGAACCAUCCAACAAACCUCUUUGCAUUUCAUCGCAUACAUGAACAUUGCGUCGAAUCAGUCGAGAGCAUAAGAGUACAGUAGCAGCAACAAGAAACACCUGAAUAACUAAGGCAAGCAGAUUUCCCAUCAAAUCGCAAUCUGGAUUUGCUUGCCACGCCGCAGAGACGUGUGGCGCAGGAUACUGGCGGUCGUCAAACGCACCCCCUCCUUGCUAACUCCAAGCGACAACCUGCAACCUCCGGUCCCAAGUCGACGUACUCAUAGUAACUGCACUACAUUCUACCGGGGAAAUUUGCGAUGGGCCCGAACGUGGCCGCACUCAAACAGCGACUGGCGUCGUUCGCGCAGGCGCGCUCGGAUACGCCCCUCAGCUCCAAACGGCGCACAUUUGCCGGCCCACCUCUUCGGACGCGAGCCCAGGAUGCACAGACUGGUCUAUGGGAGUACAGGGACGAUGUGCAGGAUGUAAUGAGCAAGGUUAUCUUCCAGGCUGGAGUGGAUUACGAGACGCGGCCAAUGGUCGUAAUGAAUGCAUCGGUCUUGCCGGACCCACGAGAGAUCGACUAUGACAUCCUGCUCUCGCGCAUACUUUCAUAUCUUGACUUGUAUGUCGAAUCGGACUAUACGGUCGUGUUCUUCGCUGCGGGAGGAAGGUACACCCCUGGGUGGAGCUGGGUAUGGAAAGCAUAUCGCAGUCUCAGCCGGAAGUAUCGCAAAAAUCUCAAGAAACUGUUCAUCGUACACUCAACGUUUUUCACGAAAAUGCUGUUCUCCUUGGCUGGCACUAUCAUCAGUCCAAAAUUCUAUCGAAAAAUCACGUACAUUAACACGCUCUCCGAGCUCGCGUGCUACAUACCCUUGACCCAGAUCGACAUUCCGCCCGCAGUCUAUAAGGAGAAUCUGAAGCAUGAGAAGCAGAUUCAGAUGCCGAUGCCUACUCGGGCGGACUUGUUUGGAGUGCCGCUGGAGGAGUUGAUGGGGUAUGACGGCGAGAAGGGUGGCCUUCCGAGAGUCGUCAAGGAUUGUAUACAGUACCUUCGUUCAACCGGCAUGCAGGACGAGGGCUUGUUCCGACGCUCGCCAAAUUCUGUGCUGCUCAAGCAGGUGCAGCAAGCUUAUGAUCGAGGCCAAGUCGUGUCCCUAGAUACAUUUGGUGACCCGCAUCUCGCGGCUGUCCUGCUGAAGAAGUAUCUCCGGGACCUGCCUGUCCCUCUCUUUCCCGAAGAUUUAUACGCAAUGAUUUCGCGGUGUCCUGCGCCGACCGAUGACACAUCUGACAUGUCUAGCAUCACAUACAUCCGCGAGACGUUGCUGCCCGAACUCCCUCAUUGCUCGUAUAUCGUGCUCAGCCAUGUUCUCCAACUCCUGCACGACGUAUCGCUGCGCUCUUCUGUGAACCGCAUGGACGCACAGAACCUCGCUGUCGUAAUCACGCCCAACUUCGUGUCAGGCUCCAACCCUCUUCGCGACGUUAUGAUGUGCUCCACACCCAGCGGGAUGACACCUUUCGCCAGCUCUCCAUUCUCACCCACAAAUCCGACGAUGGGUAAGACAACGCUCGGCAUGCUGAUCAAGCACUGCAUCCAGCGGUACUACGAGGUGUUUGACGAAGUGCCCGACCGCAGUGAGGCCGUAAUGCAGAGCGCAUUUCAGGUACGGCCAUCCACACCGUCGUCGCCUUCCAGUCCUACGAAGACGCGACACAGGGAACCUAUGCACGAAGAUGAGGACAUCGACGACACAAUGCUCGUCAUGCCCGUCGGCCCUCUCCCCGCCACCAAUCCCGGCAGUCACUCCCACAGUUCCCAGCCGCCACCGGUCCCCAGCAGGCCACGCGACCUGAGUAAGCGCGCGAAGGAGGCACCCACGGCGUGGUCGGCGCGCACGGUCGGGCAGAGCGGGAAGGGCCCGAACGCGAAUGGGAGCACGUACACGCCGUACGGCACGGUGAACAAGGCGCGCUCGACGAUCAGCAUCGAGCGUGGGAACCCGUCGCGGAAGGGCUCGAUCUCGGUUGGGAGGGGGACGUCGCGCAAGGCGUCGGGCGCGGGCGUCGAGGCGGUUGGAAUCACGGCGGCAGGAUUCUUCGCUGCACCCGAGACGGCUCCGCCGGUCCCGAUGCUACCUUCGCAGAUCAAGGCGAAUGGAGGUCACUUGCCAUCGGCCUCAUGA